AACGAAGAAUGAUAACAUCACACAUGACACAAUAACAAGGUAUGUGAAGGACUGAACUGUAGGCUGCCUUCUAAUGUUGUCUCUUGUUAAGUUUCACAUUUUAUAAGAUAUUUACAGAAGUUUGUACACUGAAAAUUUAUAGUUAAGAAAGUAGAGGUAAUGUAUGUGUUAACAAAAUAAUAUCCGAUGUCCUUCACGCCUCUGCUUAAAUAAUUAUAACCUUUACCAUAAGGAUUGCAUUUCUGGCCAUAAAACCUUCACUGCCUGCCUGACUAUUCUUACUGCCAUAAGUGGAAGUCUAUUGCUUUCGUUUGUGUCGGAAGAGACGAAAAUCAUCGUGAAUAUCGAGUAGGUAAGGUUAUAGCAGGGGACUGUCGUUGCUUAUUUCAGCGUUAUAUCCCUGAAAAGACUUGGUCACGAAAAUCUCAGCUCCUGGGUUCGAAUCCUGGUAAAGAGUGUUUCUGUAGUUCGGUAGCUAAGAAUUUGUCGGAUUGUCCCGAAGUAACACUGCGAGAACGCUGAUAGUUAAUUAUCGUACCGAAGACAUUAAAUAAAAACCAGUUACAGGCGUGUUAAUACGUAGCACGUUUGGGAAACCAAGAAAUUUAUUACAAAAUUUUGUUGUAGAACCUUGCGAAAAAUGGAAACUUUUGAGAGGAUAAUAUUAAAAUUUAUUUUCUUUUUUCGUUGCGUUGCAAAUCCUGGAUGGGGAGAGAUUAAGAGACGUAGAUCGUGGUCUCUCUAAAUGAGCUACUUCGAAAUGUACUUGUAGGGCGCAAGGAAAAACACGAAAAUUCUCGAUCUAGGUAUCCUAUUUUCUAAAUAUGAGUUAUAUGCGUUAGUUUUACUGUGCAGAGGCUGGCUAUUGUCAUGUUACAAUAUUUCGGCUUCCAUAGCAACAGAAAAUUGCCCGAUCUAAGUAUCAACUAUAAGGGUAGGUUAUUAGUGAGUGUUAUCACACAUGUUGAAUAAACUGGAAUUUCCAGUCCUGAGAAGAUAUUCAAUAAUUUAUUAUUCUUCGCCGCAUUCAGAAAGUUUGUGGGGUUCACCCAGCCUAGACACUGAGGGUAAAAAUAACCCUUAACCUUUCAGUGCCGGAGACUGAAGUACCCAGAACCAUAACCCACGCCAACUCCCACACAGGAUUUUACAGCUUGUUGCGUAUCAGCCAUCUUACUAUUAUACAAUUUCAACAACUGUAUCGACAGAUCUACUCUGAUACUAUUUUUCCAACGAAGCAGCAACCAUAGUCUGUCACGUAAAUAUGGAAUGAAACACGAAAUGGCCAGUCCGAUACUGUACAGAGUGUAAAGAUUUGUGAAUGAUGCCUGUGUUUCUAAUAGGUUUCUUAUGUAUUGUAAGUUAGUCUUACAAUUAUUUUUUUUAAUAGGACACUUUUUAACUCUCUCAGUUUAAUAAUACCGGUAAUAGUAGUAAUAAUUGGCCUUCUGGCUGUUGAUACAGCACACAAAUAUUAAAGAAUUGAAGACUAGUAACAAUAACAACAAUAAUGCAAUGUUAAAACACACAGAGAAAAUAACAAACAUUUACGUUUGUUACAAGAAAUUGAAAGGAGGUUGAGACUUUCGCUCGCACAAGAGAGAAUAGCACAGAAAGGCAAAGAUUAUCUUCUGUGACUUGAGCAAUAUUAGAUCCCAGUGUUCAAACGUUCCAAAAUCUCGCGUGUUUUAUUUAGACUGUGGUCGGUGAAAAGACUUGCUGGACAAUAGGUGGAACGUUACGAGGUGCAUUGUCUUUUGUAAGUCGAAUAAUACUCAUACUUGUAUUGUAGGUGUUCUUGAUAAAGUUUCCAAUACGUACAAAUAAAAAAAAAACCCUGAAAAUUUGAGAAAAUAAAAUAUUAAUUUCAAAGUAAUAACUACAGUAACAAGGUGUUACCGCUUAGACCCUCUGACGUCUUGUUACUAACAUUUCAUUAAAAAAAUUAAUCCGUCGGUCACGUAUUAGGAGACAUCCGGUCUCAAUGUACACAGAACAGCACAACGCCCUAGAAAACGUACGCAUACAUCCGUGUCCCUAGCGAGAGAAUCUGCGACAAGUUUUCAAGCGAUCGAAGACAGUGCCCACUUGAUACUUGGUGGCGGCUUCUGUAUUCGGCUACAGGCUAAUAUUCCGAUACUAUUUCUUUGCAACGAACUAUAUGGGAAUUUCAGUGCGUGUUCGUUGUGCUGAAAACUAAGACUUCAAGGUUUGGACAGAGAUCUUUAGAAUUAUUUCGCUGAGAAGGUACUUAAAUUGUAAGGUUUAAUACAUGGGCAUAUUAGAAGUCACAGUUCCAUAUGGAAGUAUGCCUUCCCCCUUCGCAGCAAAAAACAGUAAUAACAAGGUUCUCGAAAGUAUUUCAAAAGCGUGAAGGAUCGGGAAAUAAUUUUGUUAUGUAUCAGUUCCCUUGAUGUGGGCAAAGAGAGAUAUUUAGUUGCUGUGUAGGGGAAUUUUUGUAGUAGUGAUUUCUGUGAGAAAUUGACAAACAUUUGAGACUGUCAUGGCGUCUCGGAAUUCGCUCAUAUAUGCGUCCAGGAGCUCUAGGGGGACUAACAGUAGACGGCUGGUUUAAUCCUAUUAACAUAACACAAAAACUUAAUGUAUAAUGGAAAUUGGACAUUUCAGUAUCAAAUACAGGAAGAUUGGUGACAAUAAAAGUAUGAAAAGCAACUUACAAAUUGAGAAGACUUGUUUAAUUCCAUCAAACGUAAUGAUUAAACACACAAGAUAUUUUUAAGUUAUUAAAAUCUGUACUCACGUAGAUGAUUUUCUUCUGGGUUGUUGCGCCAUGUAGUCUGGUAGAAAAUGACUGAUCGCACUGAGGAUGGAGGAAGUAGGCAUCCCUGAAACUCUCGAUUUACGCCUUUAUCGUCCAUUAUCAUCAUCGGUAUUGCCUCGAGAUGAUUUGGUACAGAAUCAACUCUUUCAUUAUAAUUCAAAUCACGAAACGUUAUACAGUCCAUCUGUCCGCGUUUUCUGACAUGCCUAUAAUUUUCUUUAUGUUAUUUGUAGAAUCCGGCCAUUCCAUUACAGUAUAUUCAUUUUGUUUCAACCCCAUUAAAGUUAAGAACAUAUUCGAAUUUCCAAUCAGUUUUAACAUGCGAACGGAGCCAUCGAGUUUCUUGUAGGAGGCUGCAGACCGGCUACUGGUCAGGAGUAGAAGAGUCUGAUAUAUCUCGACCAAUCAGCAGGCAGAACCGAGUUUAUUUAAAGAAAGAGCGCGGAGCUGCGUGAGGCCAUGUGCAGUCUAGAGCUUGAAGCCUUCUCAGUGAUUUGAGAGCACACAUUCGCAAUAUGUUUCUUCCGAAGCAUCUCACGUAUCAUUGCAGUGCCGUUUUGUUUCUUCUUCUGCUGACAUCUGCCUUAUCUGCACCGUACUACGACUUGGAAUAUGAAGAUGGCGGAAUUCUAAACUCGCCUGAUAGAACCUUAUGGGAAGAAUCCGAUAACUUCAUGGCCGUCAAAAGAUCUACGGAGCCUUUUAUCUCCAUGCACUGGUCCGGAGACAGUCGGAAGAGUUACAUGCCGUAUCACCCUGUCGUCAGGUUCCGCUCCCCCAAGCCUCAGUUCGACCACCCAUCCCUCACAUACACGAGGAGAUUCGAAGACCGAUUGAAGAAGAAUCUGAGUGCCGGUGAGAUCCUAGCUCUGCUCAGUACCAUCAUGGUAGACCGCGCAUCCAAAGGACGUCUCAAAGGGCUGCGGUUUGGAAUAAGCAAGAGAUGAAAUGGAUACAACCAUAUUCAUAAAUUUGAAGUUAAACGAAGUGCACAGAUCAUCCAAUUUAUACCCGAAACAAUUGCCGCAUUUAACCUAGUUAUAUUAGUAGUUUUUCACAUAAUGUGGGGAUGUUAGUUAAACUUUGGUUAAAAGUAGGCCCAUACGACGCUUAAUUAAGUUUAAUGAAACAAUCAAACUAUUAAUUUGUGUUAUUCUGUAUAGUAUGCCUGAAUUAAUUGGAAACGUGUGCUGUAAUUAUUUAAUGUAACUGCUUAAAACCAUUCACGUUUCCUAGUCUUGAUAUUAAAA